AUGCAACAGGUAACCGACACGGUCUCCAGCGACAACUUUGCGGGCGCUGCAGCUUCCGCAAGCGCAGCAGUGGCAACCACGAACUCGGAAACAACACAAACAUGCUAUCCAACAGUCACUGCCGCUGGCAUUGCCACCACUACUGCCACAAUCGUUCAACCACCAUCGACACUUUCAUCACAGGCAGCUCCUCUAACACUGCCGCCGAUCGCCACUGCACUCAGUGCAAUGGACAUCUUGUCACAUGUUGCACCAACACCUGCCGCCGUCGACAUGGUGGCCACAUCUUCCGCCUCACCACCGCCGCCGUUGCCCGCAUUGCAGGCGUUGGGUGAGCGGCGUCGCGUACGGCCAGCGGGUAUACUGCGUUUGGAUAUGAACAAGCCGAGACGUUCAUCAGGUGGUUCCGUCGAGUUUCGAGCACAACCGCAAAUGCUCGGUGAGGACAUAACAUCGCCAACUGGAGGCGUUACAUCACCUCAUCAAUUAUCUGUUACUUGGGCCACACCACCCUACGACACCAACGAGCACGAUUGGAGACAACGAUCGGAGUCAGCGGACGCCAGCAUUUUGAGCGGCAGAUUGAGAAGAUAUAGUUCACAGGAGGAGAAGCCUUACGAGUUUUCGUGCCACUCUGCGAGUCCCGUGGAUGGUUUUGAUUCAUCACCUCAAGGUCAAUUGUGUGAAGCUUAUAGCGCAGCUGCCAGUGCCAACGAUAACAAUAACAACACCAACAACAAUCAGCAAAGCGACGACGAGUUAGACGAUGACGAAGACUAUUCGGUGUCUGUAACGGCGAUAAUACAACGGCGCGCCAGCGUACGCGGCUACAGGGGCAAGCGGGGCAGUCGUUAUUCGCGCAGAGCUUCCAGUCCAAUGGAUCAUUUGAUGGACACCGUGGAGCGUAGACGCUCCAGCGUCUACACAUCGAGUUCAGAUGAGGGCACAAAUCAGGAGUCAACACAAGAGCAAAUCUUCGAAAAUAUUCGUUUGCACAAAGAGGUUAUACAAUCGGUGAAAUUACAGCCAUGGCCAAUGCGAAAAAAGCUGAAAUUAGUACGACAGGCCAAGACAUAUGUGGCGCGGCACGAGGGAGCGCUGCAGGAGCGGUUCGCCAUGUCGCGCAGCACGAAAGAUUUGUGGGCGCGCUUUAAAAUUUUAAUGGCAGCGCGCUGGUUACAUUGGAAACGCGAAACCGUAAGCUUUCUCACCGUGCUGAUCCCCUGGGAGUUGCGCAUCAAGGAGAUUGAGUCGCAUUUCGGCUCCGGCGUCGCAUCACAUUUCACCUUCCUGCGCUGGCUUAUGUGGGUGAACACCAUGAUUGCCAUACCGUUGGUGGCGUUCGUCAUCGGCCCCGAGUAUUUUGCAACAAAAAAGGACGAAACGGAUCCGCGUAAGCGUAUGACGGAGCACGAAUAUAAAGUCGCUGGCAAUUUCUUUACAUUUUGGGAAUUUGAAGGCUACAUCAAGUACUCCCCGAUGUUUUAUGGUUAUUACUCGAAUAUUUCCGGUGCGAGCACUUUGGGUUAUAAAUUGCCUAUGGCAUACUUUCUAACGGCUGUUGUUGUUUAUAUCUACAGUUUUGUGGCCACCUUAAGGAAAAUGGCUGAAAACUCCCGAAACUCAAAACUCUCUCUCAAAGAUGACGAAUGCACUUUUACUUGGAAGCUUUUCACCGGUUGGGAUUUCAUGAUUGGCCACGCUGAAACAGCGCACAACCGAAUCGCCUCGGUGGUGGUCGGCUUCAAGGAGGUUUUGCUCGAAGAAGCCGAAAAGAAGAAGGAUAAUCGCAAUUGGCGCAUAAUCCUGCAGCGCAUUUUGGUGAAUCUGGUUGUGAUGGGCUUAUUGGCUGCCUCCGCUUACACUGUCGUCGAGUUGGUUAAUCACUCGGAGCAAUUGGCGCGUAAUGGCAAUUUACUGAGUCGCAAUGCGGUUAACAUCACCAUCACGCUGCUGGCGUUCUUCAUGCCCAUGAUAUUCGACGCAUUGGGAUUAUUCGAAAAUUGGCAUCCGCGACAGCAGUUGCGCUUGCAAUUGGCACGCAUCAUGAUACUCAACAUGCUCAACUUGUAUUCGCUGAUGUUCUCCUUCAUCUACAACAUCGACAGCAAGGAGGGACCCUUGCAGACGCUCAAGGAGCGCUACGAUAACUCAACCUACGCCAUGAAUAAUUUAACAAUAGUGAUGGAUGGCUACAAAAGCAACAACACAAAUAGUACAGCAAUAGCCAUAGCGCUGGCGCAUCUCAACCUGAGUACCACCAAUCUGGUAACCACGACCACAGCUGCCACAACAACACUUUACGGCUUGGUCACACGACUGCGAUGCCGCAAUAUCACAAUGAAAUGCUCAAAACCAACACGUAUCAACAAUCGGAAUUUCACAACGGCAACAACAUUACUGCUACUCAAUCUAAGCACCUCAACGCUGUUGCCACACAUCACCACCAACACAGAGUCGGACACGACAAAUGUGUGGACGACGCUGCCCACCACAAUGCCACCUGUCACAACAGAUAUCGAUACAAAAACGUUAACGCCGCAACAACAAGAAGAGUGGAGCACGGCACAGUUCAAUGCGAUAACCGCAGCAGCAACAACAAUAACAGCAGCAUUCAGUACACCAGCCACCGAUGCAUCGUCGACCACAAUAACGGAUUAUACGGAGAGCAGCACAACACAAACCGAAACGACGGAUGCAUCCACAUUGCCACAGUCCACCUCAACCACAACAACAGCGCCGGGUAGUGAUAGUUUCUUUGACUACAUGGAUUAUUUCGUUGGCAUGCCGCUCGAGCUUAGCGACUCCCAAGAAGUGGCGAGUGCAACGGAGACAACGCUUAGCGGCACGAGCGGCACGACCGAAAAUGUGCGCCGUGCUAGAAAUGGCAAAAAUCUACGAGCUUUGCAACGUAAGCCUCGCCAAGCCUUACUGUCUGCUUUGUACGAGGCAACACAGCGUGCGCCGCCGGGCCGUUACAGUCGUCAGUUGAAUGAAAGACGCAGACAAAGUGACCGUGACAACGAAGCCUACACCGACAGCAGUGCUGCGACUACCACCGCUUACACGGUAGAGGAAAGUACGCCCGGAGCUCAACAGCAACAACUGCAAGUGGAGUCCGCAUCGCCGGCGCCACAAAAUGAGUCCUUACCGACGCUACAUGUCAAUACGAAAUUACUGGGUGAAGUGCUGGCUUAUUUCACCAGCUCGACAUCGACCGUUGAGCCAACGACUACAAAGUUGCCGCCUACAACAACGACUGUAGUAACGACGACAACGACUACAACAACUUCCACACCGCCAACAACUACAACGGAGUCUGACGGCAGCACUACUGCAUUCUUCUUAGCCGAAGAUGAUAUCAUUGACGAGUCUGCUACCGUCAAUUAUGACACUAAUGAAUUCGAUGAAGAUAAUUUCGAGACUUGCGUGCGCACCAUUUGUGAUACUUACCCUGAGGAAGAGGUUACAAUCACAGAUUUGGAUGCAACUGCAACACCGACGACACCCUCAUUGACACCGAUGGAGAUAUUCGAGAAAAAAAUGUUUGAGGUGAAGCUAGAUAUACAGCAGGUGCAACGCAAUUUGACCAGCAUGUGUUGGGAAACGUCGCUGGGUCAGGAGCUGGCAAAGGUUAUCGUUUCAGAUGGGCUACUAUCUCUCUUCGCUCCGCUUUGCGUUGACUUUUUACGCGCUCUGUUUGUACGCUACCUAAAUAAGCAUUGGUGCUGGGACAUGGAGAAGACAUUUCCACAGUAUGGUGACUUCAAAAUCGCCGAGAAUAUUUUGAAUCUGAUCAUUAAUCAGGGGCAAGUGUGGAUGGGCAUAUUCUUUUCGCCCGGUUUGGUGCUAGUGAGUCUCGUUAAAUUAAUGAUAUUGAUGUACUUUCGUUCGUGGAUCGUGUUGACGUGUAAUGUGCCACACGAGGUGGUCUUCAAAGCAUCAAAGUCGAACAAUUUCUACCUCGCGCUACUGCUAACGAUGCUCUUCCUCUGUGUGCUGCCGGUGAGUUACGCGAUUGUGUGGUUGCGUCCUUCGUGGCAUUGUGGUCCAUUCUCCACGUACAACCGCAUCUCAGAUUUUGUAACCAGUGCGACACAGGAAGCACUACCUAAGCAACUGCACAGACCACUUGGCUAUUUGACCUCAGCAAGCACUGUGAUACCACUGCUGCUUCUCCUCAUUUUGAUCAUAUAUUAUCUGGUCUCAUUGACGGGCGCACUGCGUGAGGCCAAUCAAGAUCUCAGAACUCAACUGCAAAAGGAGCGUGAAGAGGAACGUAAGAAAAUCUUUAAGGUUCCAGAAACGAAGCCCACCGAGAAUAGUGCAGCCGCGCUGACCAGCAGAUGGCGCAAGGUGCUGGAAGCUUCGUCGCCGGUCACACCAACACCACCGCCGGAUUUCGAAAGUGAAGAAUACAAAACUAAAGCCAGAAAAGAAUUAAUUUCUCGCAUCAUGAAAGAGGCGCUACGCAAGGGAUCCGCUACAUCGGAUGACGAUUCCGUUAAUCGACAAGGGCGAGACGAUGACGAUACGGACACGGAACACCAUGACUCACUGCCACACGAUGAAGAUGGAAGAGACAAAAAUUUGGGCUUAUCAAAACUACAACAAAUAAGACGAACACGGAAACCUUCGUUGGUUGACAUCGUGCAAAUUGCCAAGAGCGAACGUGAGCGCGAACAGCGUGCCUCAUUGUCUGUGAAGGAAAGAAGUAAAAGUGAAAAGCAUACAAGAAGAGAUAAAGAAAGAGACAGAAGUAAAGAAAGGGAAGCAAAAGAAGCCGAGAAAGUUGACGCCGAAAAGAAAGAAAAUGAAAUCGAAAGUCGGAAGGAAAAAGAGAAAAAUAAGGAUGAUAUUAAAAGAGAGGAAGAAAGCAAAGAGUUAGAAAAAGUAGAUGAUAGUACCAAAGAAAGGGUAAAUGGAAAUAGAAAAAGCAAAACGAACAAGAAAGAUAAGAACAAAAGUGAACCAGAUGAGAAGCAUCAAUCAGAAGACGAAGAAUAUUGUAAGUCUGAAACUCUGCCUAAAACCAAAAAAAGCCACACCACAAAUGGCAGAGCUUCGAAGCAAGACAUAGAUACGGAUAAUGAUCCCGAUACAAAUACACGUAUAGUAAACGAACGUCGUCAAAGUUUGUUGCGCAAAAAGCGUGAAGACGAUCAACCAGCUACAAGACCAACCACACCUUUGCCUGAGAAAACAGAAAAUCAAACAACAAAAGCGGCAACAACGCCUCCACAGCGCGAAGAAGAGAAGAAAAGUAAUUUUGUGAUUAUUGAUGAGAAGACACCGACGUCGAGCGAAAAAGAACAGCCACCAGCCAAGCAUCGUUCUUUCAGUGUACGCGGCGGUACUUUCAAAUUUCGACGUCCAAAACCCAAACCCAUUGAAACUGCAGCCGAGGCGGAGGUCUUUAAGUUCGAUGAAAAAUCGCUGGAGAAUACAAAUAAUGGUAAGCUGGGCAAGGUGAGUGAGCCACCACGCAGCGCUUCGCCUCCAGCGACACAACGUACCAACGAUGGCCUCAUAACACCGACAUUUGUCAAUCCGGAGAAACUUUUAAACCUCUCACGUCAAGGACGUAAGAAAAUUGGCACACUCUUCGCGCUUGUGCGCGAUACAGUAAACACCAAAUGGAAUGAUGAUGAGCAAUCACCGAGCAGCAGUGGUGGACCGACUACACCGAAGUUUCCCGUAACACCAGAGACCGCCAAAAAUAUCAACGACGAGGCCAUUGCAAUCGAGAUACCUUCAACGCCUGAGGCCGAAAUCGCAGCCAAACAACAUUUUCCCACAACAAUUCCCGAAAUCACUAUUGAACCGAAAGUUGCAGCUCCCUGCUAUCCAACAACAGCGUCGGAUAUUAAUUUGAGCGAUUCGGAAGCGCUGGACAAACCCGGUCCCAUAUAUCAACCACCGUUGCAGCGUCGCAAACCCAUUGAACGUGCGCAAGCCACCCGUCAAGACUCACAAACCUCAGUUUGGUCCGAUAAUAUACCAACAAUUACCAUUAGUACAACCGGCAGUGAUGAAUGCAUACCCAAGGUGGAUCCAGAGAAGAAAUUUACCACACCCAUCAUACCAGUCGCAGCAGUUGCGCCACUCAAAGAGAGCGUGGUUAUGACCGUUACGAAAUCAGCGCCGCCAAGUCCGGAUCCCAAAGUGAAAGUCAUUAAGAUCGAUAUUGAAGAUAAAUAGUUCACGAACUGCGGCUAAGUUUCUUUAUUGUAGUGGACUACAAAGUGCCUUCCUGAACUCUAAACGGAUACCAAGUUUUUACUUCCUCCUAUGUCUAAUGGUGGAGUAGCAGUAAUUUUUGUAUUUCGGCGCAACUUGCAACAUGUCCAUAAUUAUGUACCAGUCUGCUGUAUUUAAAUACUUGCAUUUUAUAGAAAUACUGCAGUAGUAGAAAAGUUCAAAUAAAAUUCAAAAGUAAAAUACGUGGCAUACAAAAUUGAGCGAAGAAAAUUGUAGUUUCGAAAAACUCAUAAAAUAAAUAGCUCUUGCAACAAAUUUUAAACCAUUCA